AAAAACAAUCAAACAAAAAAAGUAGAAACCUUUACGAAACUCCUCUGCCAUUCUUUUUCAAUCUAAGAGAAAGAGCUCAAUUUUAGCUAUUACCGAUUUCCUCACUUCACGGAGAAACUAAAUCUCCGCCAUGCCUACCACCACGUCCUCCUCUUCCUCCGCCGCUGCUUCCUCCUCCUCCUCCGGUAAUCGUCAAGCCGAUGUAUUCUCUCGUCUCGCCUCCUCUGACCCUGAAGUCAAGCUCAAGGCCCUUCGCGAGGUCAAAAACCAAAUAAUCGGAAAUCGUACAAAAAAGCUAUCUUUCCUCAAACUCGGAGCUGUUCCCGCCAUAGCUUCCGCUCUCUCCGAUGCAGACGAUUCGGAUAAAUGCAACAACAUCCUCGUGCAAUCUGCGGCGGCGCUCGGGAGUUUCGCUUGUGGGUUUGAAGCCGGAGUUCAAGCUGUUCUCGACGCCGGAGUUUUCCCUCAUCUACUUCGUCUCCUCACUAAUCCUGACGAAAAGGUAGUAGAUGCGGGUGCUCGUUCGCUUAGAAUGAUAUUUCAAUCUAAUCUAGCUCCAAAGUAUGAUUUCCUCCAAGAGAAGAACAUGGAGUUUCUUUUCUCGUUGUUGAAUAGCGAGAAUGAGAACGUUAGUGGGCUUGGUGCGAGCAUUAUCGCUCACGCUUGUGGAACAAGUGUAGAACAACGGCUUCUCUGCGACGCUGGUGUUUUGGAGAAGCUUGUUAUCCUUCUUGAUGGUUCUUUAAGCCAAAGAGAGGCUUGUCUUGAAUCUUUAGCUACGGUUUUGAAGAACAAUCCUGAUGCUGUUUCGCACUUUGUUGGACUCGAGGGUGGGAGAUAUUUGAGUUCUGUAACUGAGCUAACAAAGGAUAGGUACACGAGGACGAGGCUGCUUUCUUGUCUUUGUUUAGUUGUCAUAUAUAACACUUCUCCGUCGUAUUUCCUAAACAUGGGAACCAAAUCAAGUUUGAUAACUACUCUGCUUGAGCUUCUUAACGACCCUGGUCAAUCUGGAGAUGAUGCUGCCUUGGGUUUAUCUAGUCUGAUUGCUGAAAAAGAGGAUUUACAAAAGUUAGCUGAUGAGGCCAAUGCAAUCAAGAAUAUCGUUGACAUCUUGAAGACAGGUAGUGAGCUCCAGCCUAAACGUCUUCAGGGUUUGUUUUUGUCUCUAGCUGAAUUGUGCUCAAAACUGGAGGAUUGUAGGUGUAGCUUCCUGUCAUUGCAGGUAUUAGACCUGCUGAUUAAUGCGCUAAGACAUAGUGACGCUAAUGUAAGAACUGCAGCGUGCAUUUGCUUUAAAAACGCUGCUCGAUCAAUCAAGAAUUUGAGUGCAGGACAUUUCACCAACGAUAAUGUUAUGCUUCCGUUGGUUCAGCUAUUGCAUGAUCCUGCGUCCUCUGUCCAGGUGGCAGUUCUUGGUGCUUUGAGCAAUAUAGUAUUGGAUUUUUCAGCACCUAAGUCAACAUUUAUAGAGUAUGGAGGGAUCAAACAGCUUAUUGAGUUGUCAAAAUCAAUGGAUCCAAACGCUCGGUGUAGCGCUUUAAGGGCUUUGAGGAACCUCAUGUUCCUUGCAGACAAUAAACGUAAAGAAAUCUUUUUUUCAGACGUCAAGGCUCAAGGAUUUGCUUGCCUUAUCAGUGAUCCUGAGCCCCCUGUACAAGAGCAAGCUCUGGCCCUUCUCCGUAAUCUUGUUGAUGGAUGUAUCAGCUCCAUUGAGUUUGUAUUUGAUGAAGAUUGUCUUAUCUUAAAUACUGUUGGAAGACAAUUGAGAAAAGCUCCGCAAGCUCAAAUGGCAAUACAGGGAAUGUAUGUGCUAACGAAUGUAGCGAGUGGUAACGAGUUACAUAAAGAAGCGGUAAUGCAGCAACUGUUUCCUCAAGGGGAAGCUGAAUCAGAGAAUUUCAUGCUAAAGUUUUUGCAGAGCCAUGAGAGCCAGUUACGUUCAGCAACAGUCUGGACAAUCAUAAACCUCAUUAGUCCUUCAAGUCCUGGUGCACUUGAUCGGCAUGUGAAACUGCGGAAUGCGGCUAUCAUUUCUCAGUUAAAAAACAUGGUCAACGAUGCAUGCCUCGAUGUUAAGAUUCGCAUCAGAACUGUAUUAGGCCAGUCAAUGUCUUUUGGUGAUAGUUAACAAUGGUAGAGAUGUUGCUGUUCACAAUCCCACGGACUUAUGAGUAUAGAGAAGAAACGUUGGCCUACAGGGCCCAUUUUUAAAAUAAAUGGUCCAUUUGAUUAA